GGAAGCCGUAUGUGAGUCAAGUCAAGUCAAGUCAUAGAGGAGGAUUGAUUUUGAAAAGGCUUUCCAUUUUCACACUUGCGAUAUCCAGUUCUUGGCAUGGAGACUGACGGAUUUUCCCGAAUGUGUAGAGACAAUGAGCUAUCGCGGCAUCCCUCAUUUCCCACUUCUGUUCUCGACGAAGGCGCCUCUGGCAAACCGCUCAUCUGCUCUACUGCCAGCGCAGGCGGUGGUGAAGGAGGAGACCCCCGGCGUCUUCCUUCGUACUUUGACCACGUCCCUGAGGACCUGUUGAAGAAUGUACUGUCCUUCCUUAUCGACCGUAACGAUCGUGACGCUGCCUCGCUCGUCUCCAAGUCAUGGUACCGCGCGGAGGCGAUGACCAGAUCCGAGGUCUUCAUCGGAAACAUCUGUGCUGCAACGCCCCGGCGCCUCGCAGCUCGAUUCAUUCAGCUCACCUCAUUGAUUCUCAAGUUCAAGCAUCAGAAGGAGCCUUUUUACUUUCUGCCGAUGGAAGCACGUUUCGCGCCCUGGGUCGCCUUAAUUGCCGAGUCUUAUGGUGCACUCGAGAAAUUGUACCUCAAACUCUUCAAUGUCUCGGACGAAGAUAUGGACAUUCUGGCUCUAUCAUGCCCGAAUUUGAAGGAGCUGGUGUUGGUCAGCUGUGGAGAAUUCGGGACCUAUGGACUUGGUAGGGUUGCUAGAGAGUGCAGGAAAUUAAGGGUACUCGAGGUGAUUGAUUGCCUUAUUAAGAGUGUCAAUGUGGACUGGGCUUCAUGCUUCCCCGAUGAUAAUACAUUUCUUGAGUCUUUGAUCUUUGAAAACUCUAUGAUGUCAGCGGGUUUGAAUUUUAAAGCCUUGGAGCAGCUGGUGACAAGGUCUCCUUGUUUGAAGAAACUCAGGUUGGAUGACCUUGUUACCAUCCGCCAACUCUAUCGCCUAAUGAUCAAAGCUCCUCAGCUCACCCAUUUGGGAAUAGGUAUGUUUAUUUACACAAGGGAACAAGAAGCUGUUGUGGGUGAACUAGAAUUUAGCUAUGCUUUUGCUGUAUGCAAUUCAUUAGUUUCUCUUUCUGGAUUCAGGGAUCACUUUCCUAGUUAUCUACCUGCUCUGUAUCCCGUUUGUGCCAACCUGACCUCUCUCAAUCUCAAAUAUACUCUCAUCAGCUCUGCACAUUUCAAAGAAGUCAUUUUUCACUGCCAUAAACUACAGAGCCUGUGGGUGUCUGCUAGAGUCUGCGACGAAGGGCUUGAGGCAGUAGCAGCAACAUGUAAGGAUCUGCUAGAGCUUCGUGUUUUCCUGGAUGUGUACUCUGAGGAUGAGGACGACGACGACUUUGUCGUGUCUGAAGUUGGUUUGCUUGCAAUUUCUGACGGUUGCCGGAGACUAGAAUAUGUAUUAUAUGUCUGCAAUAGAAUGACUAAUGCAGCUCUUGUUGGACUGUCGAAGAACUGCCCAGAUCUUUUGGUAUUCCGUCUCCACACACCGGGGUGGAGAAGUCGGGACUAUUAUACGUGGGACUCGAUGGAUGAAGGGUUUGGGGCGAUUCUUAUGAACUGUAAGAAUCUUAGACGCCUUCACACAUCUGGUUUAUUGACAGACCAGACUUUAUGUUACAUUGGACAGUAUGGGAAAUCACUGCGUACUUUGUCUGUUGGUGUUGCUGGAAAGAAUGAAAUGGGGCUGAAUUUUGUGCUCAACGGUUGCCCUAAGUUAUUAAAGCUUGAGAUAAGUGAUUUCCAAUUUGGAGAUUCAGCUUUGCGUUCUCUUUUGCAUCAUUUUUACAGGCUGCAAUUUGUGAAGAUUUCAACAUGCGGGGUAACUCAUCAAUGCUGUGAGGAAAUUGCCCGCCAAUUACCUCAGUUGGUAAUAGAAGUGGCUCACAUGAGUGGCUAUGACACACCUUCGGAUCAGAGGGGCUAUGACACUCUAUUCAUGUACCGAUCUCUUGAUGAAGCAAGCUCCAUAUGGACCAAAGUAUGUGCAAAUCUUCUAAAGUUAUAUGAUGUCACUGGGAAGAAUAGAAUUCCCUUGUUUACCUGACCCUACUCUGCUGAUGGCUGAUGAUGUAGUGUUGUGAAUGUUUGAGUAAUUUCCAUCAUGACUGAGCAAUGAAGUUUUAUUUGGAUGACCUUGUUUCUAUUGAACAACUUUAUUGCGUAAUGAUUAAAGCUCCUUUGGCUU